AUGUCAUACGUUUUCAUUGGUACUGUGACGAAUGUCACAACAACAGGGAGAGAUGGUAGUACAGGUGCUAGUCGUAAUGUAGAUUUUCAUAUCGAUGAAUUCUUUAAACAACCAACAAAUUUCAAUAAUAAUUCAAUUACAAUUUAUGCACCUCAAGAUCGUUCUGCAUGUGGCAUUUAUAUGAAAUUAAAUGAACGAUGGCAUAUUUGGGCUGAAUAUACAAGUUUCUUUUCCGACGAUGGUAUAUCUCGUUGGCUGACAGUUAUUCGUUGUGGACGUAAUACUAAACAUCUGAAGCGGCAUGACCAUUUAAUUCGCAAACGGUCUCUUAUAUCCUCUACACGAAAAGAUUCUUAG